CAAUCAGCGUAGGUUUUCUUUCGAUUAAUGGCGGACACUUAGGCCACCUGGAUUUAGCUUCAAACAGCUGUAUGUUGGUACUACGCGAAAGUUAUUUCGAUUUAUUAAACCAUUUAUUUUGUUUAGCAUUUCCUGAAAUAUGCCUUAUUUUCGGACAUGGGAUGAGUUUGCCCGGGCGGCUGAAAAGUUAUAUUUGACGGACCCGAUGAAGGUCAGAGUGGUACUAAAAUAUCGGCACUGCGACGGAAAUCUCUGUAUGAAAGUGACAGAUGAUGCUGUGUCUUUACAGUACAAGACCGACCAGGCCCAAGAUGUGAAGAAGAUUGAGAAACUGCAUGGGAAGUUAAUGAGAUUAAUGGUCUCCAAAGAAUCUCAUAGUGGAGCUAUGGAAACAGACUGAAUCGAUCCAUGGACAUUUAAAUGUUGAACAGUUGUUUUUGACACAAUCUGAAGGCUUAACGUUUUUAAGACUCGCAGAUCAACAAGUAAAAAGUGAAGUUUGGUUGAAGUUUAUUGACUGUUGACCCAAGAUGAGACACUUUGGAAAGAGCGGGCUCCAGGAACUUCCCACACGCUUAUGAUAUUUGUGUUGAUGAUGAGGUUGGAUCAAAAUGAAAUUGCUCUACAGUUGUUUUAGUAUUAUUUUAUUUGCAAUGCCUAUUAUUUCAUGUUUGGGGGAAAAAAAGUUUUGUUUGCAUUGAUAUCAUGGACUUACAUUUUUAAAGGAGACCUUUUAAUUUCUUCAAAGCAGAUUAUAAUGAAAACUCAACCUAAAGUUUGUAUGUCCAUGCAAGAUGUACAGUAACUCUAAAUAAAUGUUUUUUUCUUCAUAAAGUU